CUUCCGUGUCACGAGCACACGACCGGCGGUUGAGCUGGGGGUGUGAGUCAGACCGGGAGGAACCAUCCGGAUCCGCCCCGUUCCUUCUUUCCUUCCGACCCACGGCGAGCGAGGAGACCCACCUCGCCGUCUCACUCCCGUUCCACCGCCACCGCCGCCUCCUCGCCCCCUUCCGUCGCCGGCGCCCCCGAAUUCGAAGCGGCGCACAUGGCGAGGCCGGACGAGAGCUGGGCGCGGAACACCUCCCCGGGGGACGACGCGUCCACGAGCCACGCGCCCCACCCGGAGGGCGCCUCGCCGGACUUGCUGCGGAACACGCCGUCCAACAUCGCUAGGCUCGAGGACGCGAUCGAGAACUGCGCCGCCCGCCGCAAGUACCUCGCUCGCACCAAGAGCCCCUCCGACGGCGAGGACGUCCGCUGGUACUUCUGCAAGCUCCCCCUCGGAGACAGAGUGCUCUCUUCUUCAGUUCCGCGGACGGAGAUAGUUGGGAAAGGAGACUAUUUCAGGUUCAGCAUGAGGGACUGUUUGGCGUUGGAGGCGUCUUUCUUAGAGAGAGAGGAAUCACUACUUGGGUACUGGUGGAGGGAGUAUGCGGAAUGCAGUGAAGGGCCAACAGGUUCCUUGGUUAAAGCUGAUAUGUCAGACUCUGAAUAUUUGUAUAAGGUGGAGGAGGAGCGGGUUGGGGUUCCUGUGAAAGGUGGACUAUAUGAGGUUGAUUUGAUGAGACGUCAUUGCUUCCCUGUAUAUUGGAAUGGUGAGAAUAGACGUGUUUUGAGGGGCCACUGGUUUGCUCGAAAAGGAGGUCUCGAUUGGAUUCCCUUGCGUGAAGAUGUUUCUGAACAACUUGAGUUAGCAUAUAAGUACCAGGUCUGGCAUCGUCGUAAAUUUCAACCUUCAGGCCUGUUUGCUGCGCGGGUCGAUCUCCAAGGAAGUACACCGGGAUUGCAUGCUCUUUUUACAGGAGAGGAUGAUACUUGGGAAGCUUGGCUUGUCUUUGAUACAGGUCCUAAACUAGGCAGCAACACAAUCAAAUUAAGGCGUGGUUUCUCUUCUUCUGGAUCUGCAAAUCCUACCCAGGAUGAGUUGCGUCAACAGAAAGAAGAGGAAACAGAUGAUUACUGCUCUCAGGUUCCAGUUGGUCAUUUGGUAUUCAUGGUUCAUGGUAUCGGACAGAGAUUGGAGAAAGCUAAUCUUGUUGAUGAUGUAGUCGAUUUCCGCCGUGUGACCGCUAACCUAGCAGAUAGAUACUUAACUCCUUAUCAAAGAAGUACACAGAGGGUCCUAUUUAUUCCCUGUCAGUGGAGGAAGAGUUUGAAGCUCGGUGGUGAAAACACAGUCGAGAAGAUCACUUUGGAUGGAGUUAAAGGUCUUCGUGUAGCGUUAGGCGCCACCGUUCAUGAUGUUCUAUAUUACAUGAGUCCUAUCUACUGCCAGCAUAUAAUUGACUCGGUCUCGGGUCAGUUGAACCAACUGUAUAUGAAGUUUCUGAAGAGAAAUCCUGGUUACAGUGGAAAGGUAUCAUUAUAUGGCCAUUCGUUGGGAAGUGUUCUAACGUAUGAUAUACUUUGCCACCAAGAAUCCCUUUCCGCCCCAUUUCCAACAGAUUAUUUUAAGAUGGAAGUUUCGUCUGAUGAAGGCCAAGUAGGAAAAGGACCCAACACAAUUGAUCAUGACUCUGGUGUAAAAGAGCAUGAUACUUCUUCCACUUCAGGGCAUUCAUGUGUAGAUAAUGUAAAUCGUGUGGAUGAAGAGAGCACCAGAACUGAUCAUUCACUUACAGACAAGACUGUUCUGCCAUGUGUGCUUGAAAAUGUGCCAAACAAUGAUGAUGCACUUGAAUCACCUAUUCCAGUUGAUGGGGUGCAAACUGAAGUCGAAAAUCAGGUUGAGAAUCAUCAAAUGACAUAUACUGAAGGAGUUACUCCAGCUGUAAGCACAAAAGAUGCUGAUGAGUGCAUUUCAAGAUCCGCCAAGGAACUCCAUGAGGUCCCUGACAAAGACAGAUUAAUCUCAUCACUAGAAGAAGAGGUGAGCCAUCUUAAAGCUAAACUAGCGGAACUUGAGCGACAGAGUGAUUCAGUGAUUCAAAGCAUCAGUAGUGUUCAGUCUCAUCAAGGUAACACGUUGCUUUUGUUCCAUGAAAUUUCUUUGGAGACUGUAUAUGCUUGUAUUUGUGAAGGUUUAAUCAGAUAUUUAUGUAUAUUAUUGCCAGAUAAAGAUGCUAAUGAUACAGUGAGCCUAGUAUCAGACAAACUUAACAUAGGGCAAGGUAGCACAAGUCAGUCCUACAGACCACGUAUUAGAUACACUAAACUAAAUUUUAAGGUUGACACAUUCUUUGCUGUUGGAUCCCCUUUGGGAGUCUUCCUGUCGCUGCGGAAUGUUCGUAUUGGUGUUGGCAGGGGACAAGAUUAUUGGCAAGACAAGAACGUUGUUGAAGAGAUGCCAUGCUGCAGGCAGAUGUUCAAUGUUUUUCAUCCUUUCGAUCCUGUAGCAUACAGAGUUGAACCACUUGUAUGUGAAGAUUAUGUGAACAAGCGCCCUGUUGUUAUACCCUACCAUAGAGGCGGAAAGAGGAUACAUGUUGGAGUGCAGGAGUUCACAGAAGACGUUGCUGCACGUUCUCAGGCUAUUGCCCGUCAAUUCAAGUCAUUGAAGGUCAAAGCGGUAGCUGCCUUGUUAUCACUGAGCAAAAAUGACACGGAAGAGGACGAUGAGAGCACCAAGGAGGAGGAGAGAUCAUAUGGUUCCAUGAUGAUGGAAAGGCUGACUGGUUCACCGGAUGGUCGAGUUGAUCAUGUGCUUCAGGAGAAAACAUUUCAACAUCCAUAUUUAUCCGCUCUGGGAUCUCAUACCAACUACUGGCGGGAUCAUGAUACUGCUCUCUUCAUUAUCAAACAUUUGUACCGUGAUAUACCUGAAGAACCUCCAACUGAUGGAACUGGAAGUGCACCCAUUAGACUGUUCUAUGUGAGGGAUCCAAUUGCUGAAGACACUCCCCUGACAUUUUCAGACCACUCCUCAGUUAAGGAAUUCUCCAGGAAGGUGAAAACUUAUUCGAGAAAGGGGGAGGAUGAUGCAAACUGUGAAGCCUCUUGAUGGUGACCACUGUAUGUUGCGACGUGAUAUCGUCUUACGAUUUUCACCUAGCAGAAGUGUUCCGCCAGAAGAAAAACCCCUAGCAGAAGCGUGAUGUACAUAAAAGCACCUGGCAUAGAGGGACGCAUUGCACAGUUUGGGGAAAAAGGGGGAUACAUUGCUGGUGUGCAUCCUUGUCACUUUGGCACCACAGAUCAGAGUCAGAGCACACUUGCGGGUGAAUGGAUGUUGCACAUAGAAUUAUGGCCCGGCACAUGCUGUGUAUAACUUGUUUACCUGUAUCUCUAGCAGUAAUUUUGUACAUACAUAUACAGAUAUAAAAGGGAGAGAGAGUGUAAAAAAGAGCGAUUAGAUUUGAGAUUGAACACCAGGUGGAAAAACAGAGGUGCAUUCAGAGGAGCACGUCGGAUGGCGAUUGCGCCGGGACAAGAGCGAGCAGAUGUGCAUUCUCACCUCAUGUGUAGAGAGUAAAGAGCCUUUGCCCAAUGUCAAAUUCUCCAUCCGGCUGUAAAACAAACAUCAAAGGACAAACAGAGGAGUCAGCAACGCCAUCUGUCGAAGUCCCAGGAAAUACCCAACCCAAUGUACACUUGACUUUUGUCCCCUGGCACCAGUUGAAUGAUAAUCUGUCUCGCGUGUCAUGGAAAACUCGGUCAAGAAACGGCUUGGCUUGAUUGCGAUAAUAAUAAACGUUGGUUGAUAUGGAACGAAA